AUGCAAUCCCUUAGCCGCCUCCAAUUGAGCUCGACUCGGGCGCUUCUUGCGCCAGCACGACGGAGAUGCGGUUAUCGUCCUUCCCCAUUCCAUGCCCUUGCUCGGUUUGCGACGACAAAGUCCUCCGGCCCUACCUCCGGAAAACUCGACCUCCUAGCGAUCGAUAGAAAGUGGCAGGCACAAUGGCAAUUGGAGGGACAAAAUGCUACUGGCCGAACGGACACGACCGACGAUCGACCAAAGUCCUACAUUCUGUCCAUGUUCCCGUACCCGUCCGGCACGCUACACAUGGGCCACUUGCGAGUGUACACGAUCUCGGAUGUACUGGCACGCUUUUACCGAAUGCGCGGUCACGAUGUCCUGCAUCCCAUGGGCUGGGAUGCCUUUGGACUUCCGGCGGAGAAUGCGGCCAUUGAGCGAGGAAUCGAUUCGGCGGAAUGGACCAAAGACAAUAUAUCGAGGAUGAAGGAACAGCUUCGAAGCAUUUCGACGUCGUUCAAUUGGGAUAGGGAACUGGCAACUUGUGCGCCGGAGUUUUACGAGCACACGCAGCGGAUAUUCCUCAUGCUCUACAAAAAGGACCUUGCAUAUCAAUCAGAAGCGCUCGUUAAUUACGACCCAGUUGAUAAGACUGUGCUGGCGAACGAACAAGUAGACGCCAAUGGAUUCUCAUGGCGAUCUGGCGCAAAGGUCGAGCAGCUGAAGCUCAAACAGUGGUUUUUCCGCAUCACUGCGUUUAAAGAAGCUCUGUUGAAAGACCUGGACUCUCUGGCAGGCGGGUGGCCGGAUCGCGUACUCUCAAUGCAGCGCAACUGGCUGGGAAAAUCGCAUGGAGCCAGGGUCACCUUCCCGGUGAUGAGUGCUGGGACGGAAGUGAACGUGUUUACCACACGACCCGACACACUCUACGGGGUUGAAUAUCUUGCACUGUCUUUGAAUCAUCCGAUCGUCCAAGCCUCGGCGGAGAAGGACGCCGAAUUACAAAAGUUCUUAGAAACGGCUGCAUCGUUGCCCCCGGACUCCAAAGCUGGCUACAAGCUGACCAACGUCACUGCUUCUCAUCCGUUGCGCAUCAUCGAUAAGGAGUGUCCUUAUAUCACCCGCGAGCUGCCCAUCUUUGUGGCGCCCUACGUUCUCGGCGACUACGGCGAAGGAGCCGUGAUGGGCGUUCCGGGCCACGAUGCCAGGGAUUUGGCGUUCUUCACGGAGAAUGUGAACCCCGAAUAUAUUCCGAUUGUGAUCGGGCCAGAGCGCUCGGCUGGAACCGACCGUGCGCCGGAAGAAAACGUGGCGCCUGCGAGCGACGCGAAGGCUUUCAUUCAAGAAGGCUAUCUGACGUCGAGAUGUGGCAAAUACCAUGGCCUCCAUUCCCGUGAAGCCGGGAAACAGAUUGUCAAAGACCUUCAAAGUGUCGCUCACGGUCAGGCCGUGGAACAGUGGAGGCUGAGAGACUGGCUCAUCAGUAGACAGCGUUAUUGGGGCGCACCGAUCCCCAUCAUCCACUGUGGCAAGUGCGGGCCGAUUCCUGUACCGGAUGACCAGCUUCCGGUUCAAUUGCCCAAGAUAGGCGGAGAAUGGUUGAAGGGGAAGAGGGGCAACCUUCUCGAAUCAUCGGAUGAGUGGGUACACACCGAAUGCCCAAGCUGCAAUGGUCCUGCCAAGCGAGAUACCGACACGAUGGAUACCUUCGUCGACUCUUCAUGGUAUUAUCUUCGAUUUCUGGAUUCGGCCAACAAGGAAAAACCCUUUUCGCCUUCAUCCGUGCGACCAGUGGAUGUUUAUAUCGGCGGAGUUGAGCACGCCAUCCUGCACCUCCUCUACGCUCGCUUUAUCUACAAAUUCCUCUCCCAAUCCGAAUUGUUCCCGGAGCUGGCGCGGACGGGCAACCUUGCCGCCCCCGCCGAGCCUUUCAAAACGCUCCUCUCCCAGGGUAUGGUGCAUGGCAAGACAUAUUCAGAGCCCUCCACUGGCCGAUUUCUACUGCCUUCCGAUGUAGACCUCUCAAGUCCGGACAAACCGGUCAUCAAAGGCACCCAGAUCCAACCCAAUGUAUCUUUCGAGAAAAUGUCGAAGAGCAAGCACAACGGCGUCGAUCCGACUGCGUGCGCCCUGAAAUAUGGCGCGGACGCCACUCGCGCCCAUGUGCUAUUCUCUGCGCCGGUCAGCGAGGUCCUCGAGUGGGACGAAACGAAGAUCGUGGGCAUAGAGCGGUGGUUCGGUCGACUGUGGAAGGUUGUGCAGGAUACGCAGCAAAGUUUGAUUUCGUCCGAAUAUGCGGUGAAUCCAAUCGGCCCUGACCCCCUUCCCGACAGCUUGCAGAGCCUCAGCGAUAGUGACGCCAAUGCCGUGCUUGCGACCCAUCGGACCAUUGUCUCCGUCACCAACUGCAUUGAAAACAACCCCUACGGACUGAAUACCGUCAUUUCCGACCUGACGAAGCUCACAAACUCAUUAGUGUCGUCGACGCCCACCUCGCCCCAAAUCUCCUAUCUGUGUACAUCCUCUCUUCUCCGUCUUUUGGCACCCGUUGCCCCGGCGCUGGCGUCCGAAUGCUGGGAAAUUCUUCACCGCGAUUCGAUGGGGUCACAUGCCGAGAAUGACGGUCGCCGAGCUCACGUGCCGGCGGUUUUUGACGGUGGAUGGCCAACGCCGCCCUUGAGCUCGCAGCAGGCCGAUGCGCUGUCAGCGCGCGGGGGUCAAGUCGUGGCGGUCCAAAUCAACGGGAAGAUGCGGUUUACAGUCACGAUUCCCCGACGGUUGUCGCCCACCACGGUCGCCGAACCUCGCGGGAAGGCUGGAAUCGCCACAGACGAACAGGACUGGAUCAUGUCGCGAAUCCUCGAGACCGACGAAGGGCGUGUUUGGCUGCGCGAGAGAAACGACUGGGAGAAGCGAAGGCGGGUGAUCGUCGUUCAGGGCGGGAAAUUGGUGAACAUCGUCUUCUAG